CAGCGAUGCCACUCUCUCACUGCCUCCCUGUGUGCUCGCAGGCGACCGAGGAACCCCACGGGAGCAGGGCGGACCGGAGCAUCAUGGCACACCCCAUCUCAGCCUUCCAGGCUGCCUACAUCUCCAUCGAAGUGCUCAUCGCUUUGGUGUCCGUGCCGGGCAAUAUCCUGGUCAUCUGGGCUGUGAAGAUGAACCAGGCACUGCGGGAUGCCACCUUCUGCUUCAUCGUUUCACUGGCGGUGGCCGACGUGGCCGUGGGGGCUCUGGUCAUCCCCCUGGCCAUCAUCAUCAACAUCGGACCCCAGACGGAGUUUUACACCUGCCUCAUGGUGGCCUGUCCCGUCCUCAUCCUCACGGAGAGCUCCAUCCUGGCGCUCCUGGCCAUUGCCGUGGACCGGUACCUGCGGGUGAAGAUCCCUGUCAGGUACAAGAGUGUGGUGACACCGCGGCGGGCAGCUGUGGCCAUCGCCUGCUGUUGGAUAGUCUCUUUUCUGGUGGGACUUACCCCCAUGUUUGGCUGGAACAACCUCAACAAGAUGCAGAGGACUCAGGAGCUGAAUGGCAGCCACACAGAGUUUGUCAUCACGUGCCAGUUUGAGACAGUCAUCAGCAUGGAGUACAUGGUGUACUUCAACUUCUUCGUCUGGGUUCUGCCUCCCCUGCUGCUGAUGUUGCUCAUCUACCUGGAGGUCUUCAACCUCAUCCGCAAGCAGCUCAACAAGAAGGUGUCCUCCAGCUCCAACGACCCCCAGAAGUACUACGGGAAGGAGCUGAAGAUCGCCAAGUCCUUGGCGCUGGUUCUCUUCCUGUUUGCGCUCAGCUGGCUGCCUCUGCACGUCCUCAACUGUAUCACCCUGUUCUGCCCGUCCUGCCAGACUCCGCACAUCCUCACCUACAUCGCCAUCUUCCUCACCCACGGCAACUCGGCCAUGAACCCCAUCGUCUACGCCUUCCGCAUCAAGAAGUUCCGGACAGCCUUCCUGCAGAUCUGGAACCAGUACUUCUGCUGCAAAACCAACAAAAACGCCACCAGCACCACCAUGGCUGAGACAGGCAACUAGGAACUGGGAGAGGGCAGAGGGGGGACCUCUGUGCCCACCCAGUCCCCACCCGGACGCUGUUCCUGCUGUCUCAGGAAGGGGCGGCAAGGACCCAAUGGGUUCUGAGUCCAGCAGCUCCCUGCAGUCCCCACAGCCAUCCCGGGGGGUUAUUUAUUCAAAAGCAUUGUACUGUUUGGAUAUCGUAGCCUGCAGUGUUCCUUUCUGGUUUAGGAAUUUUUCUCCCUGUUUGUUUUUGUUUUUCAUUUUUUUAAGCAUUGCCAAGUAUUUAAGGAAAAAUUGUACAGACAAACGCGCAGUUUAUCUUCAUGCAAAUAAAGCCUAGUGAUCCAAACCA